CCUCACAUUCGAGCCGAGCACCCCUACUCCGGUGUCCGGGUCCGGCCAGUGACAUAAGUCCAUGACCAAGUGACCCAUCGCAGACCUUCGCGGGGGAUCCGGCCAUGGCGAAGGCGAGGGUGCUGAGGCCGAAGCUGCCGCGGGCGUCCAGCCGCCGGCUCCUCGGCUUCGGCGGGCUGGGAAUCGCGGCGGCAGCCUACGUGGGCGUGGACUACCUGCGGUAUCUCUCGCCGGCGUGGCACGACCGGUUGCAGCCGGCGCUCUGGGCGGCGCUGGCCCUCGCCGCCGCCGCGCGCGCCCCUUUCUACCGCCACUGGUCCGCCGAGCUCCGCGCCGCGCUGCCCUUCUUGGGAUCCAUUGCUUUCAUGCUCGCCGCCUUCCUCUGCGAGGCCAUCUCCGUCCGCUUCGUCUCCGCCGUCAUGGGGCUCCAGUGGCACAGAUCUGCUGCACCACUUCCAGACACUGGUCAAUGGCUGCUUCUAUCACUGAACGAAAAGCUCCCUCAAAGCAUUGUCUAUCUACUCAGGGCUCAUGUUAUUACUCUUCACCAUUAUUUGAUGUUGUUUAUUAUGCUGGGUUUCUCAGUUCUUUUUGACUGCAUCAAAGCUCCUGGACUUGGUAUAGCCACAAGAUAUAUGUUCACAAUGGCAAUUGGUCGUUUACUUCGGACCAUAACAUUCAUUGCUACUAUUCUUCCAUCUGCAAGACCUUGGUGUGCCGAAGCUCGUUAUCGAAUACCUCCGCAUCCUCAUCCUUGGGCACAGAAAUAUUAUGUUCCAUAUGCUUCUGAUUCAAAUGCUAUUCGUAGAGUCAUAACACACGAUAUGGCCUAUGCUGCUGUUCAAGCUUACCCAGAUGAAUACAGGCCUGACUGGGGACGGAUGAGCUUCCUUGUAGACAUUUUGAGACCAACUCCUGGAGAAGGCCCUUCAUGGUACCAUCUGUUGAAGAAAGCUAGUGGUGGUUGCAAUGACCUAAUGUACAGUGGACACAUGCUUGUUGCUGUUCUUACUGCAAUGGCUUGGACGGAAGCAUAUGGGGGCUGGAUCUCCGUCGCAAUUUGGCUUCUAGUCCUGCACAGCGCACAGAGGGAGAUACGAGAGCGGCACCAUUACAGUGUGGACUGUGUUGUGGCCAUCUAUGUUGGCAUCCUCUUGUGGAGGAUGACGGGCUUCAUCUGGUCCGCCCGAGACGCCAGCCGAACCAGACGGCUGGCCAAGCUUGACGAGGUCCAAAGCAGGCUGCUCCACGCCGCCAAAGACUCGGACAUUGACGAGAUCAGGGACCUGCUGAAGGAGGUCGAGCUGGCCGGACAGGAGAAGCAGGGCUUCUCCCAGAGGGCUAUCCUGGCCUUCGCAGCAGGGACGAUCAUCUUCACCUUGUCCUGUGUUCUCCUCGCCUUCACAAUGACCAGCGACGGUUGAUUAGAGAUUUUGUUGGAAGUCCAUGAAUCUGAAAGUUAGCUGAUUUUUACUAGGUUGUACUGUUGUUUUUCUGUAGGUUGAUACUGCACGGUGCCUUUAUUGAGGGAAAACAUGUUUAAAAAGAAAUGUAACUUGAUUUUAGUGGUGCCUUAAUUCAUAUAUUUUUGGCAGCCGCACGAAAUGAAAUAUGGCCAUUCUCGCUGCACUUUGGUGCCUGA